AUGUCUCCAUCGCAGCCCAGGCCCAGUCAUUCAGACCAUAAACCGGGAUCGGAAACCCAACCAUCAAAAUCGCCCCCUACUGGACCGCGCUCUAUAUCGCCGGAAGCGCCUCAUAAAACGCACCCGCGAAUGCUGCGGAACCUCAGAGGUGAAAAGGUGUACAUCGGAGGCGCCGCAUCGUUGUCGUUCCUGCAACUUAUUCGGGAAACCGUGGUCCAGUAUACUGGCCCAUCUGGCUUUACACACAAUGCCAAAAUCGAUAGCAUGCUUGAGAAUGCGUCAACUGAAGCGGAGGUUUCUUCGCAUAGCGCAGAGAUCCUUACUCCUGAGGAAAAGGCAGCGUUUCUUGAAAAUUACCGCCUUGCGACGAGUGGCAUCAUUGACGUAAUUUCAAGUCAUGAUGCCGUGCAACUAUUGGAGCAAACUGCAGCACCAGAUACCAUGAUAGACAGCUCUCGGCUUGCAGUUGUAGAUCUCGUUUUGGCUAUUGGUGCACAAUGUCCGAAAGCAUGUGCUGCUGUCUCGUUGAAGGCGAGCUCUCUCUUUAGCCGUGGACAGAAAAGAGCCUUUUCGGGUAUGCUGCAAGAUCCUAACCUAGAGCUGGUGUGGGCUUUUGUUCUUAUGGCAUUUUUUAUGCUGGGAGCAUGCCGGCGAAAUGCAGGUUUCAUGUAUCUGGGGGUUGCUACAAGAGCCGCUGUGGCACUUGGUCUUCACAAUGAAGACUCUUAUGCGGCCGUCACCUUGGCAGAUCGUCAAAAAAGGUUAAAGACUUGGAUGAGUCUUUGUGUUCUGGACUUGUUAGUAAGUUCUAUUCUUGGCCGACCCUCAGCCACGUCGUCGCUUCGGUCUGAGCUUGGACAAGGCUUGAUUCUGAAGAUGCGAUGGGGCGAUGAGGCACAUUCUCGGCUUCUUGCAUCCUAUAAGAUUACAGAUCUUAUGGACACGGUAGCCAAUGACCUAUAUGGUCAAAAGUCCGUCUCUACAAACGCAGCAGAGCAUUUUCUUGAAAAGUUAGACAAUUGGAAAAAGGAACUUCCGGCCACAAUGCGCACGGCUUCGUCCAAUUGUGGUUCCCAUGAGGAACAAGAGCAUACUCUAGGCAGUAUUCAGGUUGUUUGUUUUUAUUACUUUGCCGCUAUGCUGGCUACACGGCCGUUUUUGAUUUCGACGUUAACCGCCCGCCUUGUUCGAUCCCAGCAAAACGGCUGUUCAAGCGGAGCAUCUACGCCUAACACGCAGGAAGACCCUACUCAUGCGAGAUUGGCUUCCGCAUGUGUGGAUUCAGCCGCCUACCUUGUACGCGCAUGUCAAGAUGCAGGUAAAGCGAACUUGCUGUUGGCAAAUAUGUGUAUCAUUAAGGCACUUGUGUUUGCUGCUGCCCUCGUUCUUGGAUUUUCCAUGUUCGCAAAAACUAAACCAGACCCGGAAGCCGAGGCAGCCUUUGUGGGCGCGAGGGAAAUUCUGGAGAUUUUCAGUCCCCAGUCAGCUCAAGCGGCUCAUUAUUUUGAAAUUUUGACCCAUUUAUCCAACGCUAUCAACGAACAUCGUGGGCGUUUGGCAAAGGAACCAAAAACGAGAAGUGGUGCCUAUGUAGGCCGUAUUUUCGAGCUGGAUGCUCCUCGGCCCAGCCCACUGGCGGUUGAAGCUGAUACUCUGUCGGUUAAUUACAGCGAAGAAAUGCAGCCAACCCUUCCUUCUCCGGGACUGGGAAGAGAUGAGGCGAACCUGGGCUGGGACGCUUCAUCUCUCCCAUUCUCUACCUCGGAUUUUGAUGGGGAGGCAUUUCUUGCGUGGGAUAGCUUGCAUUUGCCCAUCUGGGAUAAUUUUCCGUUUUUAACAGAUCCGUUUAUUCCAACCAAUGAAUGA